AUGCUCUGGCAAGGUCGACUCGCAUUCAAACAAUAUAUCCCCUCAAAAAGACAUCGUUUCGGAGUCAAACUUUACAUUUUAUGUGAUUGUUUCACUGGUUUUCUACUAGACUUCAUUAUAUACACAGGAAGCACGACUGAAUAUAAGCACACAAAGGAGUUCGGUGCGUCAGGAUCCAUAGUCAUGUCUCUGAUGGGCGAUUAUUUGGAUGAAGGCCAUAAUCUAUACGCUGACAAUUGGUAUUCAAGUCCUAAACUGUUUGAAGACCUGUACCAAAGAAGAACUGGAGCAUGCGGUACUAUACGCAAAGAUCGAAUUGGAUUUCCAAAAUUCGAUGAGAAACUCGAGAGAGGACAACAGGUACUCAAACACACCAAGAACCUUUUAGCAUUGACAUGGUACGAUAAACGAGAGGUCCACAUGUUAUCGACCAUACAUACGACUGAUAUGGUUGCAAGUGAAAAGACGGAUCCUCGAACAAAGCAGAAGCUUAUGGAACCAAUUUGCAUUGCUGACUACAACAAUAAUAUGGGCGCUGUGGAUUAA